UGGCGGGCGGCAGGAGGCACCAGUAACACGUCAACAAAACUCUGACGUGUAGCGGCAUCAGUGGUGUCCUGCCAGCUGGGUUUAGAUUAUACCUCACUACCCACGUAUUGAUACAGAUAUUAAAGAAGAUGCAUACAUUCCUGUCUCGGGUGAAUGCUGUGAGCGCCUUCAGCCUGAGCACCUUAGCAGCACUAACCUUCCUGUGCUUUGCCUCCACAUUUUUCAUCAACUACACCGCGCCUGUCACUAUCAACGCCGCCAAUAUUGUUCUGAAAAAUGUACCAGAGUAUGCAGUGUCAAGAGAAAAAAAUGACCUGGGAGCCCUUCGCUUUGACUUAUCUUCUGACUUGACUCCUCUUUUCAACUGGAACACGAAGCAAUUGUUUCUUUACCUCACAGCAGAGUAUGAGACUCCCAACAAUAAGGUUAACCAGGUGGUCCUGUGGGACAAGAUCAUCAGGCGGGGAGAUGCUUCACUGGUCAGUCUCAAGAAUCAACACCUCAAGUACUACUUCUGGGAUGAUGGCAAUGGUCUUCUGGGUCACAAGAAUGUAAGUCUGUCCCUUUCAUGGAAUAUUAUCCCCAUUGCUGGCACUCUGCCCACUUGGAGUGGAACGGGGACCUACAAGCUGACCUUCCCUGCUGAGUACACCCAGGGUAGGACCUACUAGCUUACAAGGAUAUAAAGGAAUAACAAGUUUCAUGGACUCUGUGAGUCAGAAUCAACCACACAGUUAAUCAUAAAUAUUCCUAAGAUUUUUUUAUGAAAUAGUAACAGUGUACUGUAGCUUUCUAAGGUCAUUUGUUCUCUCAUAUGAUUGACAGUAUUUCAGGAAAACAUUUAUUAUGCCUAAGUUUAUUUUGAGAAAUUGGAGGUGUCAGAGCUUUUUAUUAUUUGUGUUUAAUAGAGAAAUAGGGGAAAGACUGAUAUAAAACUAGCGAAUCAAAAAGAUGGAGUGGAGAGAUAGUUAUGGAAGGUUUUUUCUCAGAUAUGCAAGAUAUGGCAAGUAAUUAGCUAUAAAUUUCAUGUUAUACACAUUGUAGCAAUGUCAUAAAUAUUGGGUGUAAUGCAAUAAAUAACAGUUUUAAUAAUUGUAGUUCUUCAGAUCCACUGUAACUGUCAAAUAUUUUGUAAUGUCACAUUUGAAAAAUAAAAAAGAUAGGUUUUGAAACUAUCAAGUCUUUUUAAACUUUAAUAAGUUUCCUGAAACAUAAAUUAUGAAGAAAGAUUUCAUAUAGAGGUGUAAUCUAUACAAUAUAAAUCUCAUUGGUAAACUUUUCUGUAAAUGUAUACAUGUUUACUGUAUAGACCAACAUUUGCUCUGUGUAUUUAAUUUCUGAAUAUUCUAGGGUAGACUGCAAGAGUUGUCAGCUUUUUCUACCUCACUCUUGGCAUUGGUAUUAAAGCUAUUCAGUUCAUGAUACAAUAAAUGAUUAAAUAUCAUAUUUAAGUAGAGGGAACACUAAAUGUAAAAUUCCAUUACAGGUAACUCUAAAGUUGUAUGUAGGAAAACUAACAGUUGCUAGUAAAAUUGGACAUGUAAGGGAAACUAGGUACAGAGUUUUGGUACAUGAAAACAUGGGGUUUUGUUAGUCACAUAUAUUUGGACACAUUGCAUUCAUCUGGUAAAAUUAGACACAGCCUUUAAGAAGUUAGCCAUUAGACCAAGAAUUUAUUGAUGUAUCAUUGGUUUUGUUUGUCUGCUAUAUUUAGUAGUAUUGCUGUAUUCCACUCUAAAAUAUUGAUUACUAAGACUGAGCUGGAAGAAGUUGGUUAUUUUGAUCCAUCAUAAAGUAGAUACCAGUACAGCUAAGAUUAAUGUGUACAUAUGAAUAUAAAUCUUUUGCUUUUUCAUAAACUUGUUACUGCUGCCAUAUCAAGCUGUAGAUCUGAUGAUCAUUGUCCAUGAUACUCUUGAAAAUAAGUUUGUUUGUAGGAUUGUGUGUAUUUCAUAUUUGUGAGAAAAACAAAUGAUGGAGCAUUGCUGUAUUAAGUGAAUGUAUUCUUUUGCUUUAUAUAACUAAAGACAUUUUCUUUUGUUAUGUAAAAAAGGUUGAUGUAUUAUUGUAUUUCAUACUGUCAUAAAUGUGCUUUGACUGAAGAAAAUCAAAGUAUUUUGAAUAGUUCCGAGUGAAUAUCAGUGUUUUGGGUGAUAGUUAAUUCUGUACAUAUAAAUAGUCUGUGAUGUUGCUUUUCCAUAUAAUGAAACUUUGUUAUAGUGUGUGUGAAUUGAGAAAAACUUACUGAAAUAGGUGAUGGGAAAUAUUUGUUAAGGCACAAUUUUAGGGGAAAAAAAAGGAUUUAAAAACUGUCAACCAUUCGGGUAUUUCAUGAACACAGCCACUUACUGGAAUGAUGUGAAGGACUUCUUGUUUGAUGUGAUAGGUAUCUGCCUAUGUGUCUUAUUAAAGUGAUUUUUCAAA